CUUUUGUGAAGGUGAGCAGCACUCUUUUAAUUCGCAUUCCGUGGUUUUGCAUUAAAACUAAACCAAAACAGGUGGUUUGAAAGUUUGAUAGUCGUUUAUCAAGUAGCUAUGGUCUGAGAUAACUGUACACAAGAGAAGAUUUUCGGCAGUCUUUACCCAGAGACACGUCGCUCAAGAGCAACUAGUGUGCGUUCUUACGGAUAUCAUCAUCACUCGGCAUUGACUUCACUAACGACGGGUUCUGUUGCCUCAGUUGUGGGUCUUUUGAAAUCACUCUUAAACGAUUGACGUUGUCCUCCUAAAUUCGGACUAUGUAAAAACUUUUUGGUAAAUCUGACAAGCAGUCCUGCUCCAGAUUAAUCAGAGGCAACAACGGACUUCCCCCACGUGCAAUAAGUGUGCACUUGCUGUCGGUAGAUUUGGCAAUGGCAGCCGUGACGGACAGAGAGAGCGGCACCAUGCAGGAGUCGGAGCCCAGUGUGCGUCAGCUGCAGCCCAACAUCAUCUCUGUGCGCCUCUUCAAGCGCAAGGUGGGUGGCCUGGGCUUCUUGGUCAAGCAGCGCGUCUGCAAGCCGCCCGUCAUCGUGUCCGAUCUGAUCCGCGGCGGCGCCGCCGAGGAGUGCGGCCUGGUGCAGGUGGGUGACAUCGUGCUGGCCGUCAACAACAAGCCCCUGGUGGACAUGAGCUACGAGCGGGCGCUGGAGACGCUGAAGAACGUGUCGCCCGAGACCCACGCCGUGCUCAUCCUCCGCGGGCCCGAGGGCUUCUCCACGCACCUGGAGACCACGCUGAGCGGCGACGGGCGCCAGAGGACGGUGCGCGUCACCAGGCCGGUCUUCCCCAAGUCCUUCGAGCGGCCCUGCCCACCGGCCAUCAGCGCCGGCAGCAAGGAGCUGCGGGCCAUCGAGAACCUGUCCGUUACCACGGCGACCGCCGCGGGACAGCGCAAGGAGCCGCCGCGCUCGCUCGCCCCUCUCAUCGAGCAAGACCCGCUCCUGAGGGACAGUGGCACCGGCGGGGGCAACAACUCUCCGCUGCUGCUGAACGGCAUGGAGGAGAACAACGACCUGCUCAAGGAGAUUGAGCCCGUGCUGAAGCUGAUCAGGAACAGCAGGAGAGAGCUGAACGGAGAGGGACAGAGAACCGUGGACCGGAGAGAUGCGGGGGUUCAAGUAGAUAGGGAUCUUGGCCUGGGAAACGGUAUGACCUCACAGCUGGCCUCCGAUAACGACAGAGUGUUUGACGACCUCUGGAGGAAGGACAACAACAUGCCCAUGGUGCUCAACAACCCGUACUCCGAGAGCGAUAAGGUAGCCUCGCCCUCAGCGUGCCCACUAAGCCAAGGGAGGAUAUCACCCAACAAAAACCUGCAGAACGGCAGCCCAUCCAAAUGUCCGCGCUUCAUGAAGGUGAAGAACUUGGAGAGUGGGAUGGUACUCAGCGACACACUGCACCUCAGCGCCAGCAAUCAGGCACCCAUCUGCACUGAAAAGGUGUGCUACGGCUCCAUGAUGAUGCCAAACCAGCCGAGCCGCAAGCCAGAUGAGGGGCGAUCCAAAGAACAGCUUCUUCCCCUGGCCACCGACUUCAUUAAUCAGUACUACUCCUCUAUAAAAAGAUGUGGCUCCAAGGCGCACACUGACAGGCUGGAAGAGGUGACAAAGGAGAUUGAGACAACCGGGACGUACCAGCUGAAGGACACGGAGCUCAUCUACGGUGCCAAGCACGCCUGGAGGAAUGCCGCCCGCUGCGUGGGAAGAAUCCAGUGGUCCAAGCUGCAGGUAUUCGAUGCCAGAGACUGCGCAACAGCUCAUGGAAUGUUUAAUUCCAUCUGUAAUCAUAUCAAAUAUGCCACCAACAAAGGCAACCUCAGAUCGGCCAUCACCAUAUUCCCUCAGAGGACAGACGGGAAGCAUGACUUCCGUGUGUGGAACAACCAGCUGAUCCGCUACGCCGGCUACAAGCAGCCCGACGGCUCUAUGCUGGGAGACCCAGCAUCAGUGGAACUCACAGAGAUCUGUAUGCAGCAGGGCUGGAAAGCCCCCCGCGGCCGCUUCGACGUGCUCCCCCUCCUGCUCCAGGCCAGCGGGGACGACCCCGAGUUGUUCGAGCUCCCCGCUGACCUUAUCAUGGAGGUGCCCAUCGUCCACCCAAAGUUUGAGUGGUUUAAGGACCUGGAUCUGAAGUGGUACGUGCUGCCCGCUGUGUCCAGCAUGCUGCUGGAGGUCGGUGGCUUGGAAUUCACUGGCUGCCCCUUCAGCGGCUGGUACAUGGGCACCGAGAUCGGUGUGAGGGACUUCUGCGACACCUCGCGAUACAACAUCCUAGAGGAUGUGGCUAAGAUGAUGGGGCUGGACACCAGGAGAAUCUCUUCUCUGUGGAAGGACCAGGCACUGGUGGAGAUCAACAUUGCUGUUCUUCAUAGCUUCCAGACAUCUAAGGUGACUAUAGUGGACCACCACUCGGCGACGGAGUCGUUCAUCAAGCACAUGGAGAAUGAGUAUCGAGUACGAGGGGGUUGCCCGGGAGACUGGGUAUGGAUUGUGCCGCCGAUGUCAGGCAGCAUCACGCCAGUGUUCCACCAGGAGAUGAUCAAUUAUCGCCUCACGCCCUCGUUUGAGUACCAGAAUGACCCCUGGAACACUCACGUAUGGAAGGCGGUGAAUGGGACGCCCACCAAGAAGCGAGCCAUUGGAUUCAAGAAGCUCGCCAAGGCGGUGAAGUUCUCAGCGAAACUCAUGGGUAAGGCCAUGGCCAAGAGGGUGAAGGCCACAAUUCUGUUUGCCACCGAAACGGGGAAAUCUCAAGACUACGCCAAAACGCUCUGCGAAAUAUUCAAGCAUGCUUUUGAUGCAAAGGUUAUGUCUAUGGAGGAGUAUGACAUGGUUGACCUCGAGCACGAGACGCUGGUACUGGCUGUGACCAGCACCUUUGGCAAUGGGGACCCCCCUGAAAAUGGAGAGAAGUUUGGAGCAGCUUUGAUGGAGAUGAGACAUCCCACUUCCAACACAGAGGACAGAAAGAGCUACAAAGUACGGUUCAAUAGUGUGUCUUCCUACUCCGACACGCGCAAAUCCUCCAGUGAUGAGCCGGAACCCAAAGACAACUUCGAGAGUACUGGGCCUCUGGCGAACGUCAGGUUUUCUGUGUUUGGCCUUGGCUCCAGGGCCUACCCACACUUCUGCGCCUUUGCCCACGCCGUGGACACUCUGUUCGAGGAGCUGGGAGGGGAGCGCAUCCUACGCAUGGGGGAGGGAGAUGAGCUGUGCGGCCAAGAGGAGUCUUUCAGAACCUGGGCCAAGAAGGUUUUCAAGGCUGCGUGCGAUGUCUUCUGCGUUGGUGACGACGUUAACAUCGAGAAGGCACAUGACUCAUUGAUUAGCAAUGACCGAAGCUGGAAGAAGAGCAAGUUCCGCCUCACCUACUCAGUCGAGGCACCUACGCUAACUCAAGCGCUGUUCACUAUUCAUAAGAAGAAAGUUUCUGAUGCCAAGCUCUUGAUGCGACAGAACCUGCAGAGUGAGAAAUCAAACCGCUCAACCAUAUUUGUGCGGCUCACCACAAAUAACCACGACAGCCUGAAAUACCAGCCUGGGGACCAUCUGGGCGUCUACCCGGGCAACCAGGAGGACUUGGUCAUGCCGCUCAUAGAGAAACUGGAAGAUGCCCCACCUGUCAAUCAGAUAGUCAGGGUGGAAUUUCUGGAUGAGCGAAACACAGCCUUAGGGGUGAUCAGUAACUGGACAGAUGAGAGCCGCAUCCCCCCCUGCACCAUCUACCAGGCCUUUAAGUACUUCCUGGACAUCACCACCCCACCCACCCCACCACUCCUGCAGCAGUUCGCCUCUCUGACCACCAACGAGAAACACAAGAAGAAGCUGGAGCUGCUCAGUAAGGGUCUGCAGGAGUACGAGGAGUGGAAGUGGUACAACAACCCCACCCUGGUGGAGGUGCUGGAGGAGUUCCCCUCGCUGCAGGUCCCCUCCACCCUCCUGCUCACCCAGCUGUCACUCCUCCAGCCACGCUACUACUCCAUCAGCUCCUCCCCGGACCUCCACCCCGGAGAGAUCCACCUCACCGUGGCCGUGGUGUCCUACAGCACCAGAGAUGGAGACGGGCCGAUCCAUUACGGAGUUUGCUCUUCCUGGCUGAACAGCAUUGAGACGGAUGAAAUAGUCCCCUGCUUUGUUCGAGGGGCUCCCUCGUUCCGAAUGCCCAAAGAUCAGAGGGCUCCCUGCAUUCUGGUUGGCCCGGGGACUGGCAUUGCCCCCUUCAGAAGUUUCUGGCAGCAGAGGUUGUUUGAUCUGGAACACAAGGGGAUAAAGUCCUGUCCCAUGUUACUGGUCUUUGGGUGUCGGCAGUCAGAGAUCGAUCACAUCUACAGAGAGGAGACCCUCCAGGCCAAGAACAAGGGAGUGUUUAAAGAUCUUUAUACAGCGUAUUCAAGAGAACCAGGGAGACCAAAGAAAUAUAUCCAGGACAUGCUUCGUGAGCAGCUGUCGGAGACUGUGUAUAAGUGCCUGAGAGAGGAGAGUGGCCACAUCUAUGUGUGUGGAGAUGUCACCAUGGCUGGAGACGUCCUCAAAACGGUGCAGCAAAUCAUGAAGCAGCAUGGAAACAUGACGCUGGAGGAUGCUGGGUUCUACAUCAGCAAGCUCAGAGAUGAGAAUCGGUAUCAUGAGGACAUAUUUGGCGUCACGCUGCGCACGUAUGAGGUCACCAACAGACUGCGAUCGGAAUCCAUCGCGUAUAUCGAGGAGAGCAAAAAGGACACGGAUGAGGUUUUCUGUUCAUAAGGUGCCAUUUAUGGAGCUGUUCUGGCCUGGGUGGAAAAGACUGGUCAGAAGUGCACAAGAAGCAAGUGACACUGCUAGUUAAGAAUACUGUGUCCAUAUUUGUUUUUCCUUUAAAAAGAAAAAAAAAACGAAAAUCAGAUUAUGCUUUGUUAUGCCUAACUCUGCAACUUCCUUUAAUUUUCAUUUUGUAAAAGAUAUCAAUGUUUUGCUCUCACCUCAUUGUAAAAUCGUAAAACUCUGUGAAUCCAAAUUGCGAUCUGCAACUUUAAGACUGCACAAUAUUUUGUUGUUGUUAACAGUUGCCUAUACCUGAAUUACCGUCAUGUAAAGAUGAUCACAACAAUGGCCACUGGACGAAGUUAAAAACGUCAGGCAAGAACGCCCUGACAGAAAUCAGCUGUGCUUCUAACCUAUCUGGGUUUACGUAAUGUUGGGGACGAGCUGGACCGUGUUUAGUUUGGUUCAAGUCCAACCUGCACCUCUCUCAGUGUAGUGUUUUGUUGGAGUAAGAUUUACAGAAAAGACAUUCCAGAGCUUCUCUAGAUCAGAUGCAACUGAGGUCUGUACAGUUCACUUCUGGGGAAGCUUAGCUUUUUUAGUACUAACACUCAGCAUGGCACUAAGAUUUGAGCGAGAAAAAAAAAAAAGGAUUUGCACAUGUGCUCAGCAUCUCUGUAUCCGUCUACUUUAUUGUGUAGCUCUGAGACAGACGGAACCUAGACACCAUUGUAUUUGUGGCAGCAUUUUAAACAAAGAUCACUUCAAAAACUUAAGUUGAAAAUCCUGACAUCUCCCCCAGUGUUUUGUCUGUGAUGACAGGUAGCAGCCGUGUGUGGAGAAAGACAGCACCAUUGUUAUAUCUGUACAUGCUUGAGUUCCUUUUACAGAAUAAAAUGAGUAGGUUUACUCAGAACAUUCUGACAUAAUUCAGCUGGAAUAGUGAAAUGAAGACUUGAAUCCCACUAUCACUAUAUUACAAACCACAAAGUCUGAAAAUGAUGUGAUGUGAAAUAUUGCAUGGAAUAGUGGAGUUUCACAGAAGGCAACAUUUACCUGUGCCAAAUGGCAGUUGUCAGCUCCCAGUCACUUCCUAUAGGACAAGGCCAGACAAGUCAAGAGAAACCCACUUUUGAAAGCUACUCAGUUACUCCAAUUCUCAAAUGUUUUGGAACAGCAAGAUGACUAGAGAAAGAGAGAAGCAUCAAGCGUUUUUUCCAACCCCAGGGUCUUGUUGAGUGGACUUGACAACGUGUAAAGUUGCUUUAUGCACAUACAGCACUCAUGAGUCAUAGAUAACCCUCUCCCUCCCUGCAUGGACAGACUCUAACUCACUGAGACGUUCAGUCCAGAAUGUAUCGAGGACUCUUGCCUUAUGGUAGCUAGCGAUAUUUCCUGCUUGAUGCUUUUUAAUCGGAUUAAAGAAAUUCUAUGAUUUUCAUAUGAUAUUACUAAGGAAGCUUGUUGGAUUCAUAGAACAAUCUCUUAGUGCUUCAUUCCUUGGUAUACAUUUGGUGUGUGUGUCUGUGAGGGAGAGAGACCAUUAAUUACUACUUCAUUUGUGACUCACUGUGAGUUUUAGCAUCAAAGCUCUGCCGGAUUUUCCCCUUUAAAUAAGGCCACAGUUUUUGCAGAUUUGAAAUGCAGUGACUUCCACUUUGUGAUGGUGUGUGUGCGUGCGUGAAGGUGUGUGCGUAUAUAUGAAUACGGGUGAGUUGUCUCUUCUUUUGCUCUCAGAGAAAGGUGGCAUCCUUGAUAUACACCUCAUAAAGACACGUUCAUGGUCUUUUUUCAUGUGGAAAUGUAAACAGUGAUCACGUUUUCUCUUUUAUCAGUGGCAAAAGGACGAUGCAACCACCUUUUUCACUGACUAUCUUUUGAAGGCAAUGCCUUUGUAGGGCUUUGAUAAGUCAGUUCCACCAUUAUAAUCUAGUCCCUCACGAAGAUGAACCCAUUUUUAUGAGGCUCUUUUCAUCCCCAUACCUCACCCUUUGCCUGCUCUCUCUCUCUCUCUCUUUCUCUCUCUCUCUCUCUCUCUCUCUGUCUCUCUGUGUGUCUGUGCCUGCAAACUCCGUCUUUUUUUUCUUCAUAUGAGUAAAAUAAACUCCAGCAUGGCACUAAAAAGAUUUUAAAUGUGAGUCGAGUCUAUCCGCUCGUGGCGUAUUUAAAUUACCCUUUGAUCUUCGUAUUACGGUUACUUAUUAGUUGACUUGUUUUGAUGAGAGAGACAUGCUUGUGAAGGGUUCUGUUGUCAUGUUUGAAUGUUUGCGCGUCAUUUUUUUUUACGCAGGUUUAUCUGGAUUGAGUUUAAAGCCGUGGAGACUGUCAUGUACAACGUCAGCAUUGAGAAAAGAAAUAUAGAGAAACUAUUAGAUCGAAAGAUAGCAAACUGUAUGAGGUUUUAUAAGAAUGUAUUUUAAACAUUUAAUGAAUUAUUAUUAUUAUUAUUAUUAUUAUUAUUAUUAUUAUACAGGAUAUCAUUUCCUUUUAUUGCCUUUUUUGCUUGUUAAAUAUAUGUGUAUGACGUCAUUCAGUUUCUCGCAAAUGUAUGAGAAUUCAACAGCACUAAUCUGAAUGCAUGAUCUAGUCUGUGUCCUCUAAAAAUGCUAUGUCUAUUAACCGGCACUGUGUCCGUAUUACUCUUGUGACUGCGUGCACCCUCCAUAAUUGGAUGGUACAAGCUUGAGGGAUUUGGUGUUUGUUCUAUGCUGCUGCUAAUAAUUGAAUUCAAACAGCGUCUGCUGAGAUCCUUUUAUUGUGGAACCUAUGAACCUUGAACAUUUACCAUUUUGAUGCAUUCUGCAGAAACUUUGCAUUUACUUAUAAUAAAAAAAAUAUUUAUAUGUCAAA